AUUUCGUUUUCUGCCGGUUUACGGAAAGCGGCAAUUUAAAAUCGAUACGGCUCUGACAUGCGCCGCGGAAAAUCUAACGAACAGCUUUUCUCUCCGCAAUAGUUUUCCGACUUGACGUUUUCUUUUUUCACCUUCGAGUUCAGCAACCUGUGGAUUUUGCUUUCAAUUGCCCGUCUAAGGGUUGGAGAAACAAAAGAACGCGCUUCAAAAUGAGCAUCUAAGUAUGAACCUUGAGUGGCCCUGAGGCCUCGCCGACCUCAAAUCCCCAGCAGUGCUGGCACAAAAGCAGGAAAAUGCCAAAAUCUAAGCCAGCCAAAAAAACAUCCGACUAUUCCUUUGAGGACCUCAAUCGGGACCUGGUGCAACUAGAUCAGCUUCUCAGCGCAUCCCAUGUCAAACCACGUGACCGAUUGGCGAUGCUCCGUCCAAUCACAGCCAAGAUGCCAGGCAAACCCGUCGGCUAUUGGCUGAUGCGGCUGGUGCCGCUGAUGAUGAUCAUAGCGAUGGUGUGGAUGAAAAGAGAAACGUUGGACUGGCACGCUUCCGCCCUGGGCAGGAUCGGGCUGAUUAAACUCCUGCCGUAUUUCGACUGGCGGUACCUGAAGAGUCAGACUUGUUUGAUACCGAAAGUGGCGCUCGUUGCACCAAAGGAAAUUUUCGACUGUAAUCUGUGCGAGUCGUUGGAGGAAUUUCGGGAUUUUGAGCUGCAAAGCGAAGAAGGCGGUGCUGAUUUGGUGGAAAAACUGGUCGAAAUCGAUCGGCCCGUGCUGGUUUCUGGGGAAAUCCAGCACUGGAUUCCCGACAGUCCAGCAGCGUUCAUCAGCCAAUUGCUGAAGAGGGCGGAGUUUCGUAAAUCCGUGCCCUGCCAAUUGGAGAGCAGCUUCCACAACGAUCGACUGGGCGAUCCGGAUCUGGCAACACUGUUCCGGAAAAGACAGCUUUUCCAGAGCUUUUUCCUGCACUUCCAGAACUGCGACCCGUCGGCUGUUAGAGCGUUUCGGAACUUCACCGCCCGCCCUCAGGUUUUACCGGCAGCGCUUGCGCCAGUCGCGUACAGCUGGAUGCUGUGGAACAGCCGCUACAGCACUUUGCGCUACAAGAAGAUCAACCUGAUCGAGAAAAUCGCCCUGAUUGGCCAACUGGUUGGCAGCACUCGCUUGCGAUUGGUGCCCAGGAAGAACUGCCAGGAAGUGUGCCCGAUUAUUAAUGGCGUCCUGUCUGCAGGACACGUGCUGAUCCUGACCAGUUUGUGGGACGUUGAGUACUGUCCGGGAGGGGACAGUGAAAAUAUGGCCGCCAUUCUCGAAGUGAAGGGCUAGAAGUCCAAGGUGUCCCACUUAAUACAAUUAAAGGAAUGUGAAGGUUUUUCCAUACA